AUGGCAAACAAGAGCUUCUUCUCUACCCUUCUUUUCCAAUGGAUGAACAUUUCGCUGAAGACAGGAAGUGAACGAGCCAUUUAUGAAAAUGAUCUUUUUCCUCUAGAGGAAGAAAACACUACGCGCUUUUUGACAGAGAGGCUUCGGGCAAACUGGACGAAAGAAACAGCUAAUAGCAAAAGACAAGAUAUUUGGCCAAGACUUUGGAAAAUCGUGUUGAGGAUGUUAACCACAAAGGACUUAGUACUUCUCUUUAUAGCUGGCAUUUUCUGGACAAUUUGUCGUGUUCUCCAACCAUUGCUUCUUGGAUUUCUUAUCAAGUCCCUAAUGACAGCAGAGCCACACAAUAUGUAUUAUCUCUGUGGCAGUGCCUCUGCACUUGGGGUAAAUGAAAUGAUCUGUUGUCUCAGCAUGCACCAGUUUGGCUACCGAUGUGAGGUGUUGGGGAUCAGAAUUAGCAGCGCCCUCAAAGGUUUAGUUUAUAUGAAGGUAAUGAAAAUAAUGAAAAAGUGAAAGAUGUCAAACUAACCUUAAUGUGCACUUUACGAAAACAACAACAAGUACCAGACCUUCGUCCCUGUUUUUGUUCAGUCUUUUUCCGACCCAAACGGCCGGAGCGUAUCCCAGUUUCAUUAGCAUGAAGCACCUAGGAGUAUUGCUACUCCCCCGCCUGGACGAGAUGCUAAUCCAUCGCAGGGGUUAUCCCCCAGCAGUAGGUCGCCGGUACCAAUUUAUAAACCUGGGUGAAGAGAGACCAAGUUGAGCAAAGCUCCUUGUCUAAGGAAACAACGCGAGGGGCGAGGAUUGAACCCCGGACCUACAGAUCCGGUGUUUGAGGUGGUAACUACUCGGCCACACACGCCUUCCCAUUUCUGGGUGAGAGAGGAAAAAUGAGUCUCUCCGUCGGUGGUUUUAAGGUGACUGAACUCGGUUUGAUAGGUUGUGAAUCAUGGCCAUUCAUUGGGGGUGUUUUUUGAGACUCGUUGUCGGUAUCAGGGUGAAAUUUGGCACGGACAAAACUGUAUUUAUAAGACGACAUGACAUUUAUUAGGGCAAAAGUGAGAUUUGGAUCGUUUAAAUGGCAACAUGAAUGAUUGAAGACAAGCCUAAAAUUUUGAAUCUGUUAGGCUUAUGCAAAAGCCAGUCAUUAAAUUUUCUUAUAAAUCUGCACAUAACUUACAACUAUUAACCCUCAUUUUUUGAAACCGCUGAACCAAAUUGUAACAAACAGUUUUUUAAAUUUUUAAAAAAAUAGCUUUGAUGAAAAUCUGGUUUGUAUCAAAAAAACUUCUUUGUUCAAAAUUUUUUUGACGAUUUCAUAGGCUAAAGUGCGAUAAUGAACAGGAUUCCUAGCAACUUUCGUCCAAUUUUGAUAAUUGUUUUAUUAUUCAUUCAAAAUAAUUCCUAGCUUAAAAAAACCUGUAGAGGGCUGCAUUUUUCUCGUUAAACACAAAAUUCUUCCACAUUUGGUCAUCAGUAACUGGAUAUGGUGAAUUAUGCGUGUGCUAUUAGCCAAACAGAAUUGGGGAAAUAUUUUGAAUCAAUAAUAAAGGUUAUUAAUGUGUUGGAAAACUUGGUUUUAUCAAAUACCUUUUUCAGAUUUUAAAUAUUUUUUCGCCUUAGCUUAUGGCUACUUUGACGGGAAUUUGGAUUCUGCCAAUGAAUUCAACAAUAUGACGUCAUAACAACGUCAAAGUAUGUCAUUUUGUCAAUCAAGUUUUGCCUAUUUUUAAAAAAAAACCAUCAUUUUUUGUCAUUUUGGUGGCUCUAUCAUGAACGGUUUUGAAGGUGACAGGACGCAAAAAAAACCAAUUUGUCUGAGGAUAAAAAGGAGGCGAGCUAGAAGUCCUAGAAGCACUUAGCUAGCCCAGAUAUCUAAAAGGCUAGGGCCCAGAUAGAACCUGUGUUUUAAAAUUAUGUCAAGGCAAACUCAGACAAGAAAACUAUUGGUUAGGCGAAAAGAAAUUUUAUGAUCCUUUCAAAAAUAUGCGAAUUUUUAGAUCGAGGGCAUCUGUAUAUACUCAAACUUGACCUAGACGGGUAAAUGUAUCAUCAGAAAAGAUAGCGGGGAAAAAAGGCGUUAUGAAUAUAUUUAUAUCACUUUUUGACUAAAAAAAGCUAAAUGUUGUUCUAAAACUGUUUCACUUUGUGAUUGAGCCUUUCUUUUAAAUCAUAACUUCAUGUAAAGAUAAAUUUACGAACAUCUGGUUUCUUUUGCAGACGCUUCUUCUCAGCAAGGAUUCACUGUUGAGGUUUACAUCCGGUCACGUUUUUGAUCUCGUAUCGAACGAUGUUCAGCGACUGGACAGCGAUACUUUUAUCUUGUUUUUUGAUGGCGUUCGAGGCUUAAUAGAACUAUUCAUAGUAACAGUUUUACUGUUCUCUCUAAUCGGAUGGCAGACCAUAGUGGGGAUUGUUUCAUUGUGUAUGGUACUGCCAUGUUACGUUGGGUUCUCAUACGUUGGGGCUGUACUACGCCUGCGUACAGCCAUGGUUUCUGACUGCCGCAUCACGUUGAUCAAUCAAGUUGUUUCUGGGAUCCGCGCCAUUAAAACAAAUGCAUGGGAAGAUAAAUGUAGAGAAAAGAUAAAGAGCACGAGAAGGUGAGAUACACUUUAACACAGGAUAACUUUGAGUUGCCAAAAAAUAAGGACUGAGCGAGUAAGAAUGGUGUAGUUGUUGUUGUUGUUGUUUUUUUUUAUUUUAAUCUGUGAUUUCACCCUUCCUAAAAUGACUGAUAACAUUAUAGUUUUUUUUCCUGUUUUUUUUUGGUUGUUUUUUUUUUGCAGUGAUGAAGUCAAAUUGAUCCGUAAGAAGAGUGCUGUUUUGUCGAGCAUUGCUGCUCUUGAAUACAUUUCAACACCAACAGCGACCAUGUUGACAGUCAUCACUCUUGUACUAACUGGUCAGCUCCUGACACCAGUUAACGUCUUCACGUUACUGUCCUUUAUCAAUCUGUUGAGGUUGGGCUUCUGUAUGAACUUUUCCUAUGCCUCCAUCCAAACCUACGACGCUUAUGUCUCACUGAGCAGAAUACAAGACUUUCUUCUUUUGAACAAUCUUGAUUCAACGAAAAUCACAAUAAAUCUACCACAAGAAACGAAAGAAAAGUUUAAUUCGGAGAAGCCAAUUGAAAGUCAGCAAGCAGCUAUUUUACAAGUCAGACAUUUCAAUCACCAGCAUCAGCAAAAUUCUCCAGAAGAUGAAUCCUUUCUGCAAGACGUCUAUUUCACUGCCGAAAAAGGAAGUUUAACAGUCAUAACCGGACCAGUGGGCAGUGGCAAAUCUACUCUUCUGUCAGCAGUUGCUGGCGAGGUGUCAGACGAGAACUGGGCAAUAACCUACAACGGAAGUGUCGUUUAUGCGCCACAGAUUGCUUGGAUAUUCUCUGGGACUAUAAGAGAAAACAUUUUGUUUGGUGAACAGUACAAGGAAUCCAAGUACAACGGAGUUGUGAAAGCAUGUGCUCUGAUAGAAGACAUGCAGAAGUUUCCAGACUCUGAUCAAACUAUCGUUGGAGAACGUGGUGCGGUUCUAAGUGGAGGCCAGCGGGCAAGAGUAAGCUUAGCACGCGCAGUCUAUGCGGAAGCAGACCUUUACUUGCUGGAUGAUCCUUUAAGUGCUUUGGACUUUGAAGUUGCUCAACACAUCUGUAGGGAUUGCAUCAACGGCUUACUUGGACAGAAAACCCGAUUAAUAACGACUCAUGAAGAACGGGUCAUGCGAGAAGCCAAAAACGUAAUUGUGUUAUAUAAAGGCGCAAUACUGGGCCAGGGAAGUUUUACUGAGCUAAAAGAAAGUGGUAUCCUGAAUACAACUAUAGAUUCAAUGUACGAGAAGGCAAGCGAAUCGGAUAACAGUGUUGGUAAGAAAGAAAAUGAAGAAAAAGACAUUUCUAACACGAGUGGUGCAAAUGAACCACACGAAGUUCAGGGUCUCCACUUAUCAGAAGAAGAUCGCGCCAUCGGGGUGGUGUCAUCAAAGCUUUAUUGGAGCUACUUUAGAACCGGCGCAACUUUGCCGGUAAUCAUCGCAGGAAUUUGCUUUUGUUUAAUCAGUCAAGGUAAGGACUUAAUAAAUCAAGAACUGGACCUUAAGACCACAGAGGAGAAACGUAACCUGUCAAAUAAAGAAUAUGUAACUCUGACACAUUGGGUGACCACGUAUGGAAAAAUAAGUACUAAUAUUAGUAGUUCAAUUUGUUGGGCGGAAUGGAAAACAAAUACUGAAAAUAAAUGUUGAAAAUAUACAUUUUGUGCAUCAUUCACCUCAUACGUUUUCCGCCAUUUUUGCACCACAAACUUAAAACUUAAAACGUUUGUUUUCCAAACUGUUUUGAAAUAUUCAAACCGCGGAAAUGAAAUACUUGUUAAAAGUUCCUAUUCUUUAAAAGGUGCUUGUCCUCGUUAUUUUUUGAUGCCCGUAGACUUUCUUAGCAACUGGGAACUGAACAUAUACUAUAAACUUUGGUUUUGAACAACGACCAACAUCUAAACACAAAUCUCAGGGUUAUCUUUUUCUUGUCCAAACUCUCAAUUCUUGCGCAUUUUCCAGGAUAGUUUGUCAAAGGAACUUUGCGCUGACCGGAUAGUUUGCAUUUCCUGUUGUAUUUUUUGUGACAGACAAAAAUUCCUUUUUGAUAUUGGACAAUUUGCCUAUUUUUAAAGCAAAGCCCAAUUUGAAACUAUCCAAAUUAACCCUUAAUCGGACAGUUCUUACAGGUUAAAGGAUAAUAUAUAUAGCUAUGCUGAGAAUAUCGGAUUAACUACCACCUACAUAGUCAAUGAACCAAUUAGUAUUUUAAUCGCAUUUUAGGUAAAGGGAGCUAAUGUUUAUUUCUAGAAUAGGCACUUGUUGUACUGAGCAAAGCAAGGCAGUUAUAAGUAGAGGUACUCUCUCAAAAGAGUAAAGUGUUCUUUAUAAGACCUUUGGCUAUUACGAAGAAUGAAUAAUGAAUUAUAAGUAACAAGGAUAUGGGCGAAAGUGAAAAGAAAGUGUAGGGCUGUCAAAGUCUGACAGAUCUUUAAAGGCCUUAUUAAAAGUUUAAAAAAAAUGAUGAACAGUUAUGUCUAACUUCAUCUGGGAGUAACAAUGUUGUGAACUCUUGAAAGCACAAAGUAGCAAACUUAGGGCCCAAAAAUAAGAACGAAAGGGACCGAGUGUGAAUUGGAGCCUCAAUAUUCAAGACACUUUGAUUUAUAUAACAAUAUGUUAUGCUUAUUAUUACCACCAAUUUAAGAUCUGCAAGGGUGCUCUUUCUUACAAGAAAAAGUCAAAUAUUAUUAAGAAAAUUGGCAUUGCUUAAAUCACACAAAGGGGCCUUUUCCUUUUAGGUGACGGAGAUUUCAUAACAGCCAGCAUAAAAUAAGUAACAACACACUAUCUUAGAUUCAAAGUCACAAUUUAGCGGCGAUCUCCUGGGCAGACACCUAGAUUUGUGUGACCACAGUCAUUUCUGACCAUUCUUUUUUUAUAUAUAUUACUUUCAGCGAUGCUAGUUGCCUGCGAUGUGUGGCUUUCGCUUUUGGUAAAGAAGAAUCCAGAGGAUCAAAAAUGUCAGAGAAACCUUUACAUCUAUGGCUCUCUCGUCCUGGUAUCUUUCACAUUUCUUGUCUUUCGAGCAUUUGGCUUCUAUUUAGUUUCGUUACGAUGCUCUGAAUGUCUUCAUAAUAAAAUGGUUGCGGCUGUUUUACAAGCACCGGUCUUUUUCUUUGAUUCAAAUCCCAUUGGAAGAAUUAUGAAUCGUUUCUCUAAAGAUAUAGGCUGCAUGGAUGAAGUACUACCCAAAACCUUUCUGAGAGCAAUCCAAAGGACCUUGCUUAUGUUCAGCUCCAUUCUUCUGCCAACGGUCAUAAACCCUUGGAUUCUGUUUGCUGUUGUGCCAAUAGCUUUGUUGGCAGGACUAAUUUCAAGAUAUUACUUAAAGACAUCUAGGGAGCUGCAAAGGAUGGAGUCAGUUAGUCGCAGUCCCGUCUUUUCUCACUUUUCGGAGACUUUGGAUGGACUGGACACAAUUCGGACAAGAAAAAAGGAAGGAGAAUUCAUGGAUAAGUUUUGCAGGUCUUUACCACUUGAUACAGUUUUAUCAUUGUUAAGUACUUUUAAUAUCUAAUCUGCAGGAACAGAAAAAUGAGAUUCGAUGUUGAAUUAAAAAUGAAUCCCUGAAAAGCGAAGAAAUCGCUGUCAGUUGAGUAGUAAAGUAACUGGUUAAGAAUAUAUUUCUGACGGGGUUUCUCCUGUCGGAUUAAUGUCCAGACUAACAUGGAGCGAAGUGGCACUUGUGAUACACGCCAGAAAAAAGACAUAAUAGUACGGUGCACGCAUUUGGGCAUAAAAAUACCCAAAUUAGGAUUACGUACUAAGCUAAGAGUUAAGUAAGACUAUGGAAUAACAAACCCUUAAUAAUGAAGAUAAUGAAGUCUUCGAAUGACAUGGCAAAUGACAGCUGGCUUGACACAGUAGACAGGUGACAGAUUUGGAGGAGGUCUUCCUGUUAUUCACAGAGUUUCCAGUCUUUGAAACCAACUUCCUAGCCCGGAUUUUGUAAUUGCAUUAAAGAUUAAGCAGCUCAGAUGAAAAGUAAGAAAAAAUGGUGAUAAUCGAGCCACGAUUCGCUGGUAAAGUGCUUGUUCUAAGCUGGGAGCAUACAAGGACCAUAAAGAGGGUGCAUGUCGUCACUGCGAAAGAUGAUUUCCUGGCCAGUAGGUUGUAUAUGCUGAACUGAGUUUUAGGAGAGAAACAGUUAGUAACAACAACUAACUAGGUGUAAUCGGCGGGUUUGAAGACAUCCUUGUUUGUGCGAAAUAGUAGUCAGCAAGGUCUAGAUAAAUAUUUUGAGACUCUAGACCUUUGAAGGUAAUAAGCUCAGUUAAAUAAAAUAGGAAAGCACAAAAAAUGAAAAGAUCUUAAUGACCCGUUCCAAUAAACUAAGCUGUUCUCGGCUGGGACGGUCACUUCAACUUUGAGCUAGCCUUUUUAUUAGGACGUCUCUGAAAUCUAUUUUGAUAAAAUUGCUUUAAUGUAAACGAUAUGAGAGAAAUCUAAGUGAAAUUGCCAAGUGGUACAUAAUUGUUGUCCCUUUCAGGUUUCAAGAUAUUCAUACCCAGUCAUACAUUAUGGUUUUUGCCAGUCAGCGUUGGCUUGGUGUACGCUUGGAUUGUCUGUCUGCACUGUUAACUGGUGCAGCCGCUCUUGCUGCGGUUAUUGUGUCUCAGGAUGCCGGUAAAUAUACCCUCAUAAUUAGAAACUAAUCAGAUUAUUUCAUGAAUUGUUCAUUUUCUUAGAGUCACUAAUUCACCUAAACUGGUCUUUGUUUCUUGUGCAAAUGUUUGCGCUACCUAGUCAUAUUUCUACUAAUUUUCAAUGAUAUAAGUUGAGAGUGAAAUAGGAUAAGUAAUAGCGGAGCUCCACGCGCGCUCGAGCGUUGCCCCAUUCCUAAGAAAAUGUGGUAAUCUAACCAUCCGACAAAUUUUGGUAAUCACAUGACCGUACAUUCGUCCGUUCGCCCCACCACAGGCAUACCAAUGUAAAAUAACUCAAUCAACAGGUAUGACAAACCAAAUGUAACUCGAGGUUAUUUUAGCGGGAAAUCCCAUAGCCACCCGCGUCUUCUGAAGCGGAGACAACUAAAGAGUCAAUAAGAGAACGGAAGGCAGAAACUGUUUCUGUGUCCGUGUUGUCUAAAGUAUUAAGCUUAGAUUAAUUGUCAUGUCCACAAAUUUGGAAUAUAGAGAAAGAGAACGACAAAGAAAAAGAGAAAAUAGGCGACAGGCAGCAGCGAAGCUCAACGAGAAAAAGAGCGACGGAGAGCGAGACCAAGAAAUAAGGAGCCAUUUUUUGUUGGAAGAACAACAUGAAUUUGUGGCGGUGGUGAGAAAAUGAGAAAUGCUAGCAGCCACCAAGGAAAAAAUGAGCGGCAGUGUGAAAAAAGUGAACAAGAACAUGUACGGCAUUUCCUCCAUAGAAUGUGCAACCAGGAAGUUUAAUUUUAGGACGUUUUACGUUGUAGUUGUGCAAAACAACGGCAAAGAAAUGUUCACACAAAGUGUGCUGCACGUGCAAAGUUGUGUUUUGCUAAUUAGACCUAUGUUGUUUUUUUUUUUACCGUUCUCGUUGCCUUCGCUGCUUAGCAUUACACGAUUUUAUAUUUAGUUUGAGCAAACUAUAAAUAUCAUUGAGAGACUUGCUUUUAGCCCAGGCUAAAUCUAUAUAUUAGGAUAGUGUGAGAUGCGGGAGAUAAUAUAAUAAUAUAUAGCCGCCAAAAAUAUCACAUUGAUUCCCAGGAUUGCUUUCCUGAACACCAGGAAGACUUUCGCAAAAGAAAAACAAAACAAAACAAAAAAAAAGCAACUUCGGGUCACUAUUUUCUCUUCUUAACGGUUGAUCAGAAUAUUGUUCCUAGCACCGCAUUUUGGGAUACGACGACGAAAUACCCGAAAUUUUGACUGUAUAUUCUCCUCCGUUUUCUUUUAGCCUUUGCAGGUCUGGCAUUGGUUUAUGUAGUCCAGAGCGUGGUACUGACUCAGUCCGCAAUUAAGAAAUCAGUUGAGGUCGAAACUCUAAUGACAUCAGUUGAGCGAGUAAUUACAUACGCUGAGCUUGAAUCUGAACCUGGUUACAAACUGGAACAAAAUCCUCCGGAAAUCUGGCCAAAUGAGGGAAAAAUUGCGUUCAAAGACGUAUGCCUGACGUACUAUCCUGGCGGUCCUCAAAGUCUAAAGAAUAUCACACUUAACAUCAAUGGAGGAGCUAAGAUCGGAAUUGCUGGCAGGACGGGUGCAGGGAAAUCUUCUCUCGUGGCGGCACUAAUGCGCAUGCCUGAAGCUGGUGGAGAUAUAAUGAUUGAUAAUGUCAGUAUAAGAGAUAUCAAUCUUAAAGAAUCUCGACGAGCAAUAACCAUUCUUGGGCAAAAUCCGGCCCUCUUUAGUGGAUCAUUGAGGCAAAAUCUUGAUCUGAUGGAAGAGUUUCAAGACGCGGAACUAUGGCGAGCCCUCGAACAGGUGCAGUUGAAAAAUCUUGUAGAGAACUUGGAGGGUCAGUUGGAACAUGAAUUGUUGGAGCAAGGGUCUAACUUCAGUAUUGGAGAACGUCAACUUAUCUGCUUGGCUCGCGCGCUGUUGCAGCAAAGGAAAAUAGUCAUUUUGGAUGAGCCCACUGCACACGUGGAUCCAGACACAGAGCAAAUGAUAUGGAAACUAGUGCGCGAAGAACUGAACGAUUCCACUGUUAUCACUAUAGCACAUCGUUUGAACACAAUAAGGGAUUGCGACAAGAUUUUAGUUUUAAGAAGUAGUCAAGUCGAUGGAUUUGAUAGUUUUGAUGUGUUAAUGAAUAGAAAAGGAGGAAUGUUGAGUAAAAUGGAUAAUAUAAUAAAGGCCACCUCAUAG